AACACAGCCUUUUAUCAAGUAGCUGUAAACAGCAAUUUGGUCCAAACCUUUCAUCCCAUUUCCUCUUCUUUAUUUUAAUUGCAUUGUUAAAACGUGUUCCAAUAACAAUAUUAAUUUUCCUGCAAUGCAUACUCAAACAUGUUUUUUGAUCCAUGACGGUAUUUUCAUGAACAGAUCUGAGUAUGAAAUUACAUUUUUGUUUCAGCUUUUCUUUUCCGGUUUCCGGCUUCAGUCAACUUUAGUUUCACAGCUCUUAAUGAACACAACUGUUUUCCCGGCAUAGAACAGACAAAGUACGAUGUGAAAGAGAACACCAGAGAGGAGAAAUAUAGAUAAAGAAGUAACACAAUAUUGAAAAUCCGAUGGUUACACAAAGCCGAAAUGUGAAAUUAAUUAAGUAAGUAUAAGGCCGGAGAAAGAGAACAGUGUUGGGACAGCUAUUGUUUUCCUCAUAAAAACACUGCACAUGCACACGAUAUACAUGUUUGUGCUGUGCAAGUGAACCGUGUAAAAACCUGCUAACCUCUUGCUACACGUGUGACCAGUAGAGGGAAGUAGAACUUGUAAAGUCCAUCUCUAGAAAUAGCUCUUCUUCCUGCCUGACAUUCUUUUUCCACUCGGCGUCACCGGCUCACAGCAACACACCGCGGAGCGGCUGAUCCUCUGCUGCAUGGGAACAUGAAACUCUGCAGACUUGUUUACCCGCGUGAAACUCUCCCCCACUGACCUUCGUCGACCUUUCGGUGACUGCGGGGGAAAAACAGGCCUCUGCUUCACGCCCGGCAGCUCGUCCGGCAUCGCACCAAGAGGACGCAGCCGGUCUUCAUCCUGGAGGGAAAGGCCCCGGUUGAUGGAGGAGGCGGGGAGGCUGCUUCCCUCGUCCCCGCCGCGCUGCCUCUGACCCAGGCAGAGAGCCCCGGACCCUGGCAGAGCGAGAGCCUGCUGGCGGAGUCCUGGUCCACGAUGGGCGACGCGGACCCCGACGACACCAAGAGCCUGGACAGCAACGACGGGGCGCUUCUGGGCGGGGAGGAGAACCACUCCCACAACUCCGACAUGGUCCACCUGGAGCGGGAGGAGGCCGAGAUGCUCGAGGAGGCUGAGAGGGCCAGGAGAACCGAGGAGGAGGAGGAGGAAGACGACGAGGAGCUGCGGACGAGCGCGUUGAGUGUGUUGGGUGGGGAGGGUGAGCUGGUGGAGCUCAGUGAGGAGGAGCAGGACCUCCGCGCCCCAGAAACUGAGGAGCUCCUGGUGUCGGCGGAGGAGCCCCGCGUGGAAAAGAAGCCCGCGGAGUUCAUGCAGGUGGUUCCCCCGAUGGCGCUGCCUCCUCUGCCCAUCGUCAAGCUCGACCCCCCCUCCACCACGUCCACCCCAGUCCCUUCCACCGCGGGCUCCGAAGCUGAGGAGCUUUACGCCGCCCGCGGCCUCCAACCUCCUUCCAUCCUCGCACAGGUGGCCGCGGACCCUCCGUCAGGGAGGCCGCUGAGGCUCUCACAGAUUCCCCUGUCGGACGCCGAGGAACAUUCGCUCCAGUCCCCCCGAGCGGCACCGGAGAAGCCGGAGCCACCGCGGCCGCCCGCUCCCAAGACCCCCAAGACUCCCAAGACCCCCAAACAUCUGAGCUCCACCGAGCUGCUGUGUGGAGGCGCCGCUUUAGUGGCCGUGGUGGGAGUGGUGGCUUACGGCGCUGUGCCCUCCUGCGAAAAGUAUUCUCUUUCACCCCCCCCCCCCCCCCCUCCCCCCGAUCCCGCUCUCAACACAGGUUUUCAAAUCUAUUCCAAAUGAAAAUAUUCCACUUAACUCUCUGAGGAUUUGACUCCUUCCCCCUUUGUAUUACGGUUGAACACGUUCAGAUUCGUUUUGUGCUACCUCAGCUCACGGCCUUUGCUUUUCUGUAUUCAAUAAAUCUCUGAUCUCCGAGAUGUGAACCUGGAAUGUAAAAUCAUGCGAAAGUAGAAUUUUAAAGAAUCCUGAAAUUUGAAAUGUUUUGCUGAUGCUUCCUUGUGUGAUUGUGUCUUUUAUUGAUUAAACCAGAACACAACACGA